GACAAAUUCUGACGAUAAUGUCCAGAAGGACUUGGAAACUACUAAAACUACAGGAUCCACAAUUCACUGCGUUUGACGACAUUGUCCCUCAUGCGCAUGUCAGAACGACUUGUCAGCGGUGGUUAUGGAGAUGUCAUGGGUCCGCGAGCUGUCAACAUUACGGUGAUGUUUGUGUGUCCAACAGAGGAAUGCCUAGGAAAGUAGGAUUCAUUGUGGUUGACGCUUCAAGUCAUGAGGACAACUUCAGUGCACAGGAGCUCAUGGUGCAUGCACCCACAGUCAACGGCUGGAGGUCCAGCAGGCAGUGUUCCUACCCUCAGCACAUCACGCUCCAGCUAGUGGAGAGAAGCAGAGUGAGGAAGCUGCAGCUGCUAGUCCACCAUUACCUGAUCCCUGCCAAGGUGGAGUUCCACAUCGGAGACACCCUUCCAGACAGCAGCACGUCAGGCUUCCCAGGGGCACUUCGCAGAUUAGGCUAUGUGUCUCUGUCUGACAACGAGAAGACGGCGUUCAAAGCUCGGGAACUAAAGUCUGUCCACUUGGAUGCCAUUGGAACAUAUUUGAGAGUGACACUCCAUCAGAACUAUGUCAACCGCUACAACACCUACAAUCAGGUGGCUUUGGUUGCCAUUAAUGUUCUGGGAGAUGCGUUGGAUGGGAACUCUUUCAACACAAUUCCAAGCAGAGAGCAGCUGAUCGAACACUACCUCAACAAUACCCAGCAGGAGGCUGCCUUGGACACGACUUUCAUGGGCAAAUGUGACUCCAUAUCCCCCUUUGAUGACCUGGCGUUUGACAUGUACCAGGACCCUGAAGUUGCCUACAUUAUCCGCCACCUGGAUCAGAAGAAGCAGGACUUGGUCCGCCAGGAGAAGUUCGAGCAAGCAAAGAACCUGAAGCAGGCAAUCGCUGACAUGCAGAAGGUGGGGGAGCAUUUAGCUCGAUAUGAUGUGGAGAAGCAUUGUGCUAUUGAAAAAGAAGACUACGACCUGGCCAAGAAGAAGAAGGAGCAGAUGGACGAAUACCGGAAGAGUGUGUACCAGCAGCUAGAGGUUCACAAUGUGUUGGACCUGGCCAUGAUUGCAAGGGCAGCAGAUUCUUCUCCAGCCCUGGAUUGUCCCUCUGUUCUACCUUCUCCAGCUCACUCUUCAGUCACCACCAAGCCCCAUGUGUUCACAGGUACCAAGAAGGUGAACAAAUCAAAUGCUCCCCCGAACCCGCCGUCAAAUGCAACCACAGCUGUACCCAAACUUAGAAGCCAACUUGACACACCCUGCUCUCCAUCCACUGGUCCCCAGGUAGAUGUACGUGCAAAGUCAUUUGGUGAAAUUACACAGGUUGCAAGUGUGACCUAUGAUGAGAGGCCGCUGCCAGCCCUUAAGAGGACAGACAAGCCAGGGGAGGCCAUGCAGAGCCCAGCAGAAGAGUUGUACCCUCAACCUGACACCCAAAGGACCAGACAAAGUGCUGAGAUGGGUGGAGAGCCAGACCCCCUGACAGAAAAAGUCCAGAGAGAGGCUGGUCUCCCAAUAGAAGUCUUUGGAGAGAGCCUAGUGGCUGGAGUGUAUUCUAAAACCUGGUACCACAGGGAGGAAGCCCUUCUGGCUGUGUACAAGAGGAUGAUGGAAGUACCACCUACCACUCCUAAGGAUGAGCUGAGACACAGAAUCAGAGCUGCAGUCUUCCUGGUCAAGAAGUCUCUGUUGGAUAAAGUGUCAUCUGUCUUCCUUGCCUCCUUAAAGCUGUUGCGACUCCUGCUGACCCAGCUGAUUCCAGGGCUGGGGCUGGGUCGCACAGAUUUGACCCACUGUUUGGAGCAGACUUGGCCCAACCUGCUAGCCCGGACAGGGGACUCAGCCGGUCGCCUCCGACCCACAGCCGCUGCCUUCAUUCAGGAAAUAGCUGUUUUGAAGGAUGUGUGCGCCCUGCAGAUGAUCCCAUGCGAGCUAGUGAAGCCAUUCAAAUCCAGCUUCCCGUCUCGUCUGGCCCAGAGCCGGGCUGAACUUGUGGAGAAGCUCCUGGCUGUACUGGGUUCAGAGAACUCCGGCUUCAACCUGGACAACAUCAUGACGUUCUGUAUCGCAGCAUUGGAGCACAGUGCCUCAGCUGUUCGAAAGGUGGCAGUGCGAAUCAUCUUAUCCAUGUACCGGCAGCAUCAGAGUUCUGUUCUGGCCUACCUUCCACCCAAAGAUGCUGCAGCUCGAAAGAAUUUCCUGUACAAAACCCUCUUUGAUGGCUUUGCCAAGAUCGAUGGGAUGUUGGUAGAGACUCAGAAAGGAGGUGGCCUACAGGAUGGACAAAAGGAGAAGGAGGAGAUCCACUGUCUGCAAGAACAGCUGGCUGCUCUGAAGGAGAUCUCAGAAAAGGGUAAUGACAGCACCAAAGAACAAACCCCCAGGAAAGAAGCUUCCAAAGUGGAGAAAGACCCUCUGAAGGCUGGUAGGGCAACUAUCACUAAAGUCCCCCAGAACAAGACAGCUUCCACAGUUGAUGUCCAGCGGUCAGUUGCCGACUAUCUGGACAAUCUUUGCCUCUUCUGUGGCAAAAGGGACAAGUCAUUCACAGAAGAUGGGUUGGACCUUCACUACUGGAAACAUUGUCCUAUGCUGCAACGUUGCGAAGACUGUAAACAGCCUCCAGCUCAGGUAAAGCCUUCAACCACUGUCCUUUGUGCCACAACAACUUCAUGCCUGGAGAGGAGGCCUGGAAGGCUCACCUCAUGGGCAGGGACGGCUGUAAACAACACUCACGCAGGACCGCCGCGGCUCAGAGAACUCAGCCGGCACAAGGUAAAGCAUUCAUACGGCCCAGGCGCUCAGCCACCGCCCCGACGCUCCAUGUGAGCGCCGCACACACCGGACAUAUGUGAGGAACACUUCAUGUCACAGCUACUGCAGUAGGGUUCCUGUCUCACAGAACAGAGUGCUGUGGUGUAGCAUCUUCAUACCCAUAUUCAGUGAUAUUUUUGCAACACACUGUGAAUAACUUAAUAAUAAUAAUGUCACAUUACACAAACCCUCAUUUUGAUGUUUUUUUUGCCUCAGAUUAUCAUUGCCUACAUUUACAUGCAAAUAAAUAUAAUGAUAGUGAGCAUGAAAACAAGUGUAAACUACAACUGCAAGGAAGAAAUAGCUUAAACAGUAUAAAAAAAACACAAAUUAGACCAGAAAACAUUAAUAUGACUGUACACACAACAUAUUUCAUGUUCUGUCUGGUCAGCUUCAUUUCAUUUCAUGUAAAUAUACAUCCAUUCCUCAUAUUCAGGAAAAGUGUACAUUUAGGAUUCAUAAUAAGUUCAAAGAAUGAAAUAAGGCUGUGGUUUGAACCAGGGGAUGUAAACUGGGAAGUGAAAAUAUGAUACGGUCCAAAACCAGCGUCUAGGGAAGCUUUAGGAGUCAAAAUGGGCUGAGGAUCCAAACACAGAACAAAUGUGGGAGAAAAGGAUAUUUCAAAACAAGGUUUCUCAAAGGAAGACGGGAGGGGAUUUGCAUAUUUCAGUCUGUAGGAAAAGAUUCAAGGAAUGUGGAUGAAAUCCGUCCACAUUCAGUUUACACAGUGUGUAAAGGACAAAGGUUUGGCUAACAUUUGUGUCUGGAACUGUGUUGUGGUGUUCUCCACACUGAUCCUGGUCUAGAUGAACCAUGGUUCUGGAUGCAGUGUCAGUGCAGUGGGAUCAGUGUUGUAAAUAUUCAAGGACUUAAUAGAUGAUGAGAAUAAUCCUCAGUUGCAGCUCUAGCUAGGUGUAAACAUAGUGACAGUUCCCAAAAACAUGUCCAUUUUGUCUCCUGUUAGAGUUCUGGGGCUCCUGCAGGAGGCUCUCAUCGGUCCCAUUCAUUUAUUCAGAGGUGAAGUUCGAGCUGAUGCUGUUCUUUCUACUACAGUCAGGAUUUCUACUGGUGCUCUAGGUGUCACAUUUUUGACAUUUUUCCUCUUGUUUUCACCAGUAACAGUAGCUUUGUGUGCUGACCACAGUCCGGCCUCAGAUAGUGCAGUGUAGAAUUAAAGGAGCGUCUUCAGCCACAUCCUGUUUGUGUUCACAUCAGCACACAUGCAGCGCUGUAGUCAC